AGACGUUAGCUGCAUAUUUAAUGCUUGCUAAAUCGGUAAUGCUGGUACAAGGUGGAAAUAGUACGGGGGGAUCAGUCGUGUGGCCUAUCUUCAAAAUGUUUGUGAAAUCGUUGGUGGCUCUUGCCUUUGUAGGCUUAGUUAGCUCUAGUGCUGUACCCCUAACAAAAUGCAAGAUAGACGACACCAAAUGCAUCAAACAGAACACGGAAGUCCUGAUCCCUCUGUUCGCUGCCGGAAUCCCGGAUCUUGGCGUUGAACAGUUGGAUCCCGUCUCGUUCAAGAAGAUCGACUCCAGCAGCGAUUUGCUGAAGCUGGUCUUCAAAGAUGCUACCCUUAAAGGGCUGAGCACUUGCCGAUUCAAGAGUAUUAAACGCGAUCCUAGCAAAUUGAGCGCCAAAAUCCACUGCGAUGUCUCCUUGGACGGCAAAUAUGACAUGAAGGGACAAAUCUUGGGUCUCCCCAUUAACGGUGACGGAAACAUGCACAUCGAGCACGAAAAGAUUGAGAUCACCUUCGAACUGAGCUACAAGGAAGAAACUGGUGCUGACGGCAAGAAGCACUGGACCACCGGUGCGUGGACGCACGCUUUCGCGUACAAGGGCAAGACCAAGAUGGAGUUCGACAACCUCUUCGGUGGAAACGAAAUUUUAGGCCGUGCCGCCCGCGAGCUCAUGAAGACCAGCGCCAACGAUAUAGCGAGCAUCACCGCCGGACCUGUGGUCAAAACAAUCACUGCCAGAAUCCUGAAGAACGUCAAGAUCUUCUUCGAGAAAGUGCCAGUGGAAGAUUUUGUUCUAGAAUAAGCCAAAAUGCCAUAGGGAAUUGUCGUAACUGAAGAGACUAAAGGUGACAGUGACAGUCCACUUAGCGACAGCAGCACUACCAUUCAUUUUACUAUCGAAAUUGACAAUAACACCGACGCGUUCGUACUUCGUACUAGUAGCGGAGCUGCGGUCAGAAAUGGAAUGUUACCCUUAAGGUGACAGUCCAUUUCCAGCGACAGCAGCACUACCAUUCAUUGUACUAUGGAAAUUGACAAUAACACCGACGCGUUCGUACUAGUAGUGGAGCUGCGGUCAGAAAUGGAAUGUUACCAUUACGCGACAUAUGUAAAGCUGUUGUUUUUCGCCGACCUGUUUGACAAAAUGGUUUGUGCGACUGUCAGUUCAGUUAGGACAAUAGGGUCCUAAUUUAUCUACGGUCAAGGAAUUUAAUUUCAGUACCAUUUCGUACCUUGUCACAGUGACCAUAUUGGUAUCACUGACCAACCAUAUACCAACCAUUACCAUAUUGGUUAGUGAUAACCAAUAUGGCCACAGGUACGAAAUGGUACUGAAAUUAAAUUUUUUGACCGUACAUGCGGUGCGUACUCAAUAUCGAUUUAUGAAAAUGUAUGAAACGUCAGGUAAUGAACACAAUAUAAUACCUAUAAUAAUAUAAUAUAAUAUAAUCCCUUGUGCGGAAAACGCUGUUAUAAUCAUACCCCGGUGUUUUGGGUGCAGUAAUAUUUUACACUAGCCAAAAAAAUAGUUUAGAAUAAACAAAGUUAUAAUUAUAUUCAUUCCCGCCCCCAAAACUCCGGGGUAUGCUUAAAGUUUUUUUUGCUUUGUCGCAAAACUACGAGAUCUUAAGCAUACAUAAACCUAAAUGUGUAAACAGCUAUAAUUUUGACCCCAAAGUCUGGCCGAGUUAUUUGGUAGUCCUAGCCUAAUAGACUAUCCGAUCGCAUUACUAUGGGUUUUACCUCCUAAGACCAUACAAAAAACUGCCAUUUGAAUUGGAAAACAAUACUGAAGGAAAUAUGGUUGAAUUUCUUUUGUUUUGAAAUCAAACGUUACAUUGAAGUAAAUAUAUAGUACUACCGAUUGAGGACCAUGGGCCUUACGAGGUAAAAUAAUGACAACUCAUGAUAUAAAAGAUAAAGAUCAUUUAUUUGUAUGACUAAUACAUAGUAGUGGAGUGCAUUUAGUCACAAAGAGAUGAAAUGGACAUAAUGGUUAAUUUCUUCUCGACGUUGGCGAACAUGUCACAUAAAGAGAAAUGUCACAAGUUGUAUUAUAAAUCUUUAAAAGCCCUUAUCGGCCAGACUUCAGGGCCGAUAAAAAACUGCAAUUCAACUGGGAAAGCCAACUUUAGUUUAACGUUUUCCAUAAUCUUUGCAGUCGGAAUUCAGUUAGAAUGUGUAUUAAGCAAUGCUACUGUAUAUACGAGUAUGUAUUAUAGUCUGUUUUUUUGUUCAUGCAAGUAACAAAUGAGUCUUCCAUACAAUUUCCUUUGGGCAGUGCUUUAUAGUCAAAAACAGACUAUAGUCCACUCGAGGUUAGCAACUGUAGCUAAAAAGUUUCAAGUACAAAACUCGUGUAAAUCGGACGUUAUUUUUGUUAUUCGCCAAGAACUGUAAUGGGAAAUGUUGCGACGGUUUUUUUUAUAUUUUUAUGAAUAAAAUAUUUUGAGAACUUA